CUGGACGCCUGCCUUUUCACCGUCAACCGCAACGCCUCUCCUCUUCUCCCCAGCGCCUCCUCGGCCCCAAGCCAAUUCAACUCUCUUUCAUAUUACCCAUGGCGGCAAAGGCUGCAAAGGCUUCUUUUGUUAGGCUGCUCAUACCGGCUGGCAAGGCGGCCCCAACACCGCCUGUUGGACCUGCUCUAGGUGCAAGAGGUGUCAAGUCUAUGGAUUUUUGCAAGGAGUUCAACGCCAGGACAGCACAUAUUGAAGCAGGUGUUCCUAUACCAACCGCUAUCAACGUCAAUGCGGACAGGACGUUCACAUUCCAAACAAAAACCCCGCCAACGGCGUUCUUCCUCAAGAGGAUCGUCGGCAUUGACAAGGGCAACGGGAAGCAUGAUCAGCCCAUCGGAACGAUCAGUCUCAAGCAUGUAUAUGAGAUUGCAAAAAUCAAGGCAACUGACGAACAUAUGGCGAACAUAUCCCUAGAAGCCAUCGCAAAAACUGUCAUCGCGACCGCCAAGAACAACUCAGUUGCCGUCAUACCAUAGGUUUAACUUCGUGGAAUAAGGCAGCUGUAGGAUUAAGGAUCAGAGCAUGUGUUGCUGUACAUCGUUGGCAUCAACGGCCGAUACGCUGCCUUCUUUCCCGACAUCCGAGUCAAAUUUGCGAUUGGCUAUUGGAACAGGCAAACGGCGAAAUGUCGAUGAAAAGGGAAGACUUCCUCGUCAAUUGCGACACUCUGGAGUGUACCGGCGACAUGUAGAACGAGAAGAGUGCCGGAGGGCCUGUAAUUUCACUUCCUUCUUUGGGUUUCCGUGCACGCUUUCUUCACUGAGCGGCUGAAUGCUUCGCAAGUGCAUAUUUAUCCUCCGCUGGCAACACACCUGGGCCUAAGGUGUUUCAGCUCCGACCCGGUCUCAUGGAUGUCCGUGUGUCAACGUCAUGUCGGUUCUCUAACCUUCUUUCAGAGAACGAAAACGGAAGAUCUUUCCCGACUGCCCUGCAGGAACGCCGACUACGUAGCGACAUUGGCUGCCCCUCCGCGGUGCAAGCAAUAGGGCCAACCCUUGCCGAUGCGAUCCUCUUGUUGAGAUUGCUAACCAAUUAUGACGGUACACCUGGUUUACAACGCGACUAUACAAAUCACUACCAUAAGACUAGAGCACGCGCAUUUCCCUUUACCAGACACGAGGCAGCGGCGCGUUAUGUCGUUCGACGUCUUGCUCAGACCAGUAUGUGCUGGCGGUCGCCACUGGGCAGAGGUACCACCCGCUUUUCAUCCGGAGGUUCUACCUCACUGAGCACG